AUGAUGAGCGACAUCAACGAACAUGACAACUUGGGAGCAAAAAAAGACGAAGAAAUUGACAUUUGUGUGAAUUUGAAAGACGAUUCUGUGACCAAAAGACCAGCAAGCGAAGUAAGUGACAGCAACAAACGAUAUCAAACGCUUCAGAGACGAAAAAACUCGGGAAUUAUACUACUAAACAACGCCGAAAAACAUCUUACUGAAUUAUUAUCAUUGUAUGACCAUAAAACAGGACACCGUAGCAGUAAGACAAGUAUUCUACGUACGAUAAAAAAGGUAAGGUCUGAAUAGAGAAUUAUUGAAGAAAUAAUUACAUCCAUUAAAACGACCAUUGCAGUCAGUGAAGACGAAGAGACAGAUGCAGAUAAAAUUAUUGACAAUUUAGACAAAGAACUAACUGAGCUAGCUAAUGAAGCUGAUUUACAUAUCAAACGUGCUAAUGACCAAUUAGAUGAAAGAAUUUUUAAUGGAGAAAAAGAUUCAGAAGUGUCUUCAGACUGUUAUAGUAAGGCUUCAUCAAUAACAACCACCUCAAAAGCUUCAAAAAUAUCAUCAACUAUGAGAAGACAACAGGAGUGGAAGGAAGCACACGAAAGGUUAAAUAGACUUGAACAAGAACAAUUAGCACUUGAAGAAGAUAUAAAUAAAAGACAAACAUGUUUCAACAGAACCAGAAAUAAUUGA